AUGUCCCGCAAGCAGGGGCGGGGGGGUCGGGGCAACCGGCCGACCGAACCCGCCGCCGCCGCCGCCGGCGGCAAGGCCCAGGCCCAGGCCCAGCCCGGGGCCGCCGCCGCCCGCAGGGCCCGAGCCCAGGCCCAGGCCCAGGCCCAGGAGCGGAGGAACCGCCCCCACGGCGGCCCCGCGCAGCGCCAACAGCAGCAACAGCGCGAGUUCCUCAGCUUCGCCAAUCAACUCCAGGCCCUGGGCCUCAGGGUCCGCGAGGUCCCCGGGGACGGGAACUGCCUGUUUCGAGCCCUUGGCGACCAGUUGGAAGGCCAUUCUCGCAACCACUUGAAGCAUCGGAGGGAGACAGUGGAUUACAUGGUCAAGCACAGGGAAGACUUUGAGCCGUUCGUGGAGGACGAGGUGCCUUUUGACCGUUACGUCAUGAAUCUGGAAAAGCCGGGUACGUUUGCUGGUAACGAUGCCAUCGUCGCCUUUGCCAGGAACGCCCAAGUGAAUAUAGUCAUCCACCAGCUCAACGCACCGCUCUGGCAGGUUCCCGGAGCGCGGAAGGGCCACGCAGCAGAGCUCCACAUCGCCUACAGAUACGGGGAGCACUACGACAGCGUCCGAAAGAUUAACGAUAAUUCAGAAGCGCCGGCUAAUCUAAAGACAGAGAUGCUGAUCAAGGACGAUUCGAAGAAGAAAGACGGGAACACGACAUGCAAUUAUCGGGCCGAAGACAUACGGGAUUUUGAGAGCGAACCGACCGAGACGGAGGUGGACGACGCAGUUCAGAAAGUGCGCAAUGCGACGGGGUGCACGGACACGGAUUUAAUUGUUCAGAGUCUGGAGGUGGAAAGCUAUAACAUAGAGUCAGCUAUUGCCGCCAUCUUACAGAUGCAUGAGUUGCCAAAUUACGAUGCCGAUGACAAGACAUGUACGAGAGGCUGUAACAGUGACUGUCAGUGUCGGUCUCCACUGUGGAUGGAGAACGGAAGCGGCUCCAGGAUUUUCGGCCCCCAUGUAGCCGACGUGGGAGAAAAGGAGAAUAACAGGACGCUAAAUGAGAAGGAGGACAACAAAAGAAGCAAGAAUAAGCCGUCAAAGGUGACAAACAGGCAGAGAAAAGAGCAGCAAAGGCUGGAGAGGAAGAAACGGCAGGAGGAAAGGCAUCGGCAAAAGUUCCUGGACUGCAAGAGCAACAAUGAAGGCGCAGAGGCUCAGGCACCAGUCACUCUGGUUAAGACAUUCGCCACUUUAAACAUUUGAUGCACUGCCUUCUUUCUGGGAGUGAGCAGCAGCGAACGAACACACACACACUCACACACACUCACACCUGAGAAUGAAACCUGCUUUACUAUCUAGUCGCCCGACUUGGGGAGGAGAGAAGAGGCGAGGCGAAGAGAGGGAUGCAAGUUUACUGCCGUGUAACCGUUGCUGCUUCAAUUACGAGUAAUUUUGACUUCACAAAAGCCGGCGUCUUUUGAAAGUCCUUUGAAAAACGGACUCUUUGUGUUUGUUCCUUUCGUUUGUUUUUGUAUCCUUAGUUGAAAACCGAAAAAUCAGAGGAGGGGUUGCAUAUGUGCAUGUCCGAGGUUGUAUAUUUAUUACACUAUGCAAUUAAAAAGUGAUGAUUCAAGAAAAA